AUGGAAAACACAGGAAAAGUAAAUAAAAAGGAUACCCAAGACGGGCCGCCAAAAGAAGUCAAACUGCCUGUCAGUGAAGCACUUCUGGACUAUCACUGUCAAAUAAAGGAAAAUGCAGUAGAACGAUUCAUGGUUCAAUUAAAGAAACUUAGGGAAAAGAACCAAAAGUAUCAUGAAAGAAAUAAACGCUUAAAGGAUGAACAGAUUUGGCACAUAAAGAACCUACUAAAGGAACUGAGUGAAGAUAAGUCAAAGGGAGUACCAGUUGUAACAAGAGAGGAUGUUGAAGAAGCAAUGAAGGAAAAAUGGAAGUUUGAAAGAGACCAGGAACAAAAUUUGAAAGAUAUGCGCAUGCAAAUAAGUAAUGCUGAGAAACUAUUUCUUGAGAAACUCAGUGAGAAGGAAUAUUGGGAAGAGUACAAGAAUGUAGGGAGUGAACAACAUGCUAAACUCAUCAUGUCCUUAGAAAAUGACAUCAAUACAGUGAAGGAGAACGCAAGGAAAAUGUCAGAACAGUAUAAAAUCACGCUGGAAGAUGCUAGAAAGAGAAUAAUCAGAGAGACUUUGUUACAACUGGACCAAAAGAAGGAAUGGGCCACACAGAAUGCUGUAAGGUUCAUUGACAAGGGCAGCUAUAGACAGAUCUUGGAGAAUGACUGGCUAAAAAGAGAGAUUGCAAUUCACAGGAAGGAAGUUGAAGAAUUGGAAAAUGCUAUUCAUGAGCUGGAAAAAGAAAAUUUGGUGCUUAUUGAUCAGCUAUUUAACUGUAGACUUGUGGAUCUCAACAUAUCCAGACGGCUAUAUCUUACCCAAGCAGCUGGACAAGAAGUGCCACUUGAAGAAACUGCUUUGGAGUUUCCAGAAAUACUUAAUGAAGCGAAGUCGAAAUUACAACAUGAACAAUUCAAAAUGAAAGACGUGAUGAUUCCAUUAGUUGAGAGCAGUGCGUCACUUAUUAGUCAUGAGGAUAGCAUCAGAGAGCUCCAUCUGAAGAUAGAUGAAAAGAAUAGUUCAUCCACAGAGUUUGGAGCCUCUGAAAUGAAAUACUUACUGUAUGAGGAUGAACGAGAUUUCAAGGAUUAUGUUAACUUGGGCCCCCUGGAAGUGAAGCUCAUGACUGUGGAGAGCAAGAAAAUGCCCAUUCAUUUUCAAGAGAAGGAACUUCCAGUUAAAUUCUGUGAAGAUAUCAGCAGUCCACAAAGACACAUCACAUAUAAAAUGAUGAAGUCUUUUCUCUAAGACUGAAAGCUGCAAAGUAAAAACAACUUUUCCUUAUCAGUGAUCUUUGGGAACUGAAAUAUAUCAUUUGCCCAUUUUAUUUAUGCUUUGGUCUAUUUUUAAACCGGUUGUUAGAAUAACCCUUAAGUAAAUUUAUUUCCAAAGGUCAUGAUUACAUUUAAAAUCAAAGUUUCAACUAUUCAGCUCUUCAUUUAAUGGUAUGGCAUGAAUGAUAAAAAUUAAAGUACACUUUAUAUUAAAGUGUUUAUAGCCUGACAGUGGGUUCAAAGUGACCUCUGAGGUCACUUCCCACUUAAAAAUUCACUGAUGAGUCUAUAAUUCCAACAUUAAAUAGAUCAAUUAAAAUUUUUAUGAGAAAAAUUUAGAAGUUUGCAUAACAUUGACUACACCUCUUUCCCUUUGAGGCUAUUGAAUGAUAGAUAACCAGUCCGCAAUUCAAGCCUGUGCUUGACUACUAACUGAAAGGUUGGUGGUUUGAAUCUACCCAGUAGUGCUGCAGAAGAAAG